AAUGAACACUCCCACUCCUUACAGAAUAUCUGACAAUAAGCUUUCAGAAACUAUAGUCAACAAAGCGAGUUUUGCAGUCGUGAAUUGUGUAAAAUCCUACGCAUUUUAUUUGAGCCUCACUUUUGAGUGGAUGCUAGGUGAUUGCUUAAGCGUAGAACGCGCAGACGGCUUUCCCAAAAAUGUGGGGAUAAAAAACAUGGCAUAACAGGGCAGGAUUAGACUAUUUCGAUAUUUUUUGUGCUAGGCUUCUGUUCUCGGGCUACAUAGUACAUUUAAAGCCAUGGACUAUUAGUAGGCCUUUAGUUGAGGGUCCAAAUUGAAGGUUAUUUUCACCCUUUAUCAGGCGUAGUAUAUUAAACAAAAUAUGUGUAUUGCGCGCCAUUUGCUUCAUUUGAUUGUGGUCGCUUCCGUGCGUCUUGAGCGACACUGUCAGUCCAACAAAUAAUGCCCUAUUAAUUCACAAGUGCUUUGUCGGAAUAGGUGUGUUUAUUGAACCUACAUAGCCCUACGGUAGGUUCGUGUUAUUCAACUGGCCUAUCUGCAUAACUAGCUUAAUCUAAUUUCAGAGACCAUUGCUAUUGUCUCAAUACGUGGAAUGUUCGCCUGACCAGAACACGUGGUUUGCCAAGUAGCGUGAAGAUAUCCGGCUACUAGCUAGGUUGCAUUGAUAUGGAAUAUGCUCAAAGUCUCUCCCCGAAGGUAGAACUUUGUGCCUGUCAGCAGGAGGUGGAUGUGGACACAAUGAGCAAGACACCCCCUAACAGAAGAGGAAUAACCUUUGAGGUGGGAGCAACGCUGGAGGCCAGAGACGCCCUCAAAAACUGGUAUCCAGCCAACAUAGAAAAGAUUGACUAUGAUGACGAGAAGGUCCUGAUCCACUACCGUCAGUGGAGCCACCGCUAUGAUGAGUGGUUUGACUGGACCAGCCCCUACCUGAGACCUGUAGAGAGGAUCCAGCUGAGACGACAGGGACUGCUGGACGACUGUCCUAUCCCUGUAAGAGAUGGAUUUCAUGUGAAUGACAAGGUCCUCGCCAGUUGGUCUGAUUGCCGCUUCUACCCUGCCAAGGUCUUGGCAGUGAAUAAAGAUGCAUCUUACACCGUGAAGUUUUAUGAUGGCGUCGUCCAGACGGUAAAGGGGAUCCACGUGAAACCUUUUGUAAGAGAGAGAGGAGGAGGAAAGGCUCGGUCCACUGAGAGGAACGGCUUCAAGAAGCCCCAGAAUGGCAGAGAACGGAGGCCUCAGGAAUACGGCCCAAAGAAUAAAAGAACCAGACGCAGUACCUCUGACCAGGAGGGGGACAGUGACACAGAGGAUGGUGACAAUAAUGAUGAAGAUGAAUGGCAUGAGAGGGAGGUGGAGGAGAAGACCAAGAGGAAGGAUAGUGAGGGGGAUGUCACCAAAGAGACACCAUCCAUAGUUAAGCAGGAGGAGGAUACAGAGCAACAUGCAGGACAGAUCAACCUCGGGGAUCACGUGGCAGCCACUGUGGGCCCGACUGAAGUAAAAAUGGAAGAAGACGGAGGACAGAGUGAGGAGAGGCCUACUYAUUUAAAUGAAGGGAUGAAGAAAGAAGAGGUGGAAAUGAAAACUGAGUACACAGUCCUGAGCUCACCUAAUGAAACUAAGCCAUCCACUGAGUCACCUAAUCAGAUGUCAACACAGACCGGGCCAGUGUCUGUCCCAUUACCCUCAGCUAUGUCCACCAUUGACAGAGUGGAGCAGAAGGCAGAAAGCCAACCGGAUAGCUCCAAACCUGCACCACUGGCCCUCCCAGUGAAACCGAUAAGGAAGCAGGGUUUCCACAACCCCAACCGAUUUAGCAGAGAGCCAUUGUACAGAGUGAUCAAAAACCAGCCUCCCCCAGUCCUGUCCAUCAACUUGGACCACAACCCAUUUAAAUGCAGCGCUGUAGGCUGCACCAAGUCAUUCCGCAAGGCCAAACUGCUUCACUACCACAUGAAAUACUACCAUGGAGAGGAGCAGCAGCUAGAGGACGACCUAAGCCCCACCGCCCAGACACGGGCCUCAGAGAAGCACCCCUCCCCUACCUCUCUGGAAAGUCCUAAGAGGAGACGCACCAUCUCCGCCUCAAUGCACUCCAAUGUGCACAGUCCUACUAGAACUCCCCCAUCUCCACGUAGUGAGGCCAAGACAAUGAACAGACGCACAUCAGCUCCACCUAAUGUCAACACCCAGCGCCAGCAGCAGAGGGCUCUACUGAGGGAGAAGAGCAAAGAGAACCAGCUGGACAGGAAUGGACAGAGACCAGUGGAGACAGAGACUACUGAGAGCAGUGGUAUGGACAUAUGUCUGUCAGUGGUGAAAGAACGAGAUCGGCUGAAGGAUAAGAAACAGAGGGCGUUCCUUCGCAUUAAUCUGAAGAAAAAGAAGAAGAAAAAGAAGGUCAAGUGUGAGUACACAGGUAGUGAGGAGAAUAUUGACAUCUCAAUAUUCGCUCUUCAGUCCAAAUUGAAUUUGCCACUCAAAUUCCCCCUCUCACACAAUCACAAGCCUGAGUCCUACCACUUCAGGCCCGGAUACAACCAGUCAGAGCAGAUGCACGUGGAUGAUGAGGAUAGCAUCAGUGAUUGGUCCACUGACAGUUGUGAGUGGAGUGAUGACGAGCUGGGGGCGGAGCUGGACAAUGCUACAACACCCCUAAGUCUGGGCUCUGUUGCCUUGGAGACAGGCAGUCAGGAGGUUGUGCGUUGCGUCUGUGAGGCGGAAGAGGAAAACGACUUCAUGAUACAGUGUGAGGAGUGUCUGUGCUGGCAGCAUGGCACCUGCAUGGGCCUCCUGGAGGAGAACGUCCCGGACAAAUACGCCUGCUACGUCUGCAGAGACCCACCAGGUCAGAGACAAAGCCUGCGCUACCGGUAUGACCGUGAUUGGCUGAGCAGCGGUCACAUGUAUGGUCUGUCCUUCCUGGAUGAGAACUACUCCCACCAGAAUGCCAAGAAGAUUGCAGCAACACACCAGCUACUAGGAGAUGUACAGCGUGUGGUGGAGGUGCUCAAUGGCCUCCAGCUCAAAAUGAGCGUCCUACAAACCCAGACCCACCCGGACCUGCAGUUGUGGUGCCAGCCCUGGAAGAGAGCAGAGAGGCCCUGGAGAAGAGGUGGCUCAGGUACGGGCACCGACGCAGCACCCUCUCCUGCGCUAACAGACGAGGGUUCCGAGAAGGACCACAAGAGUCUCGCCCGUGGUGGCGCAGAAGCUCUAAUGUCAGCCGCCAUGGAGAAGCUUAGCCGAGCCUCUUCCUCCUCCUCGUCUUCCUCCUCGCCCUACCAGUCGUUUCAGGACUCGUACAUAAUGAGUGAGCAUUGCUACCAGAAGCCGCGGGCAUACUACCCUGCAGUGGAGCAGAGGCUGGUGGUGGAGACCACACGGAGGGGAUCUGAGCUGGAGGACAGCCUGAGGAGCACUGAGGACCUGCUGGAGAGAGAGCAGCGCUAUGGAGGCAUGCUGGAGACAGCCAGGCCCAAAGCCCCCACACACCUGAACACUCACACCAAGGGUUCAGAUGUUGGUCGGUGGGGCCAGGCCGAGGUGAAGCGGGAGGAGGGUGUUGGCUGCGGUGGGGGAGGGGACGGCAGUGGCCAGCAGCACCAGUGGCAGAUCAACCUGUUGGAUCACAUAGAUGCUGUCCAGGAUGAGGUCACACACAGGAUGGACUUCAUCGAGAGGGAGCUAGAUGUGUUGGAGAGCUGGCUGGACUACACAGGAGAGCUGGAGCCCCCAGAGCCCCUGGCCCGGCUGCCUCAGCUCAAACACCGCAUGAAGCUGCUGCUUACAGAGCUGGCCAAGGUGCAGCAGAUCGCUCUGUGCUGCUCCACAUGAGGGCGCAAGUGAGCAGUGUGACAUCCAUGUUCACAGCACUCAGAGAGACAAUGAGGGGAUUUGAUUAAUGCCCAGGCCAGCCCUGUGUGAACCAUGUCAGCAUUGAUUGCAUUCGUUUUGGAACUGGGCUGCCUCCCGGACGUGAGCCAGGUGCCCCGUUUUGGCCGUCCACGAAGUCUGCUCAAAACGAAAGUGACGUAGGUUAAGCACGUGGAGUAAUGAGUAGGGUUCUGUUUUCACAUGCAAAAGUGAUUGCUUUUGAGAAGGCUUUAUCUGCCUUCCCAAUGAAAACAUUUUAUGGAAAAGAAUAAUGUAUGUUUCGGAAUGAUGCACCGCUGGGCACACACUGGUUGAUUCAAUGUUUCCAUGUCAUUUCAAUGAAAUGACAUUGUACCAACGUGGAAUAGAUGUUGAUUUGGCAUCUGUGCCCAGUGGGAGGCUGCCUUGUUGACAACAUGACCGGGUGGCGCAGAUCACUGAUCAAUUUGAGAAGGGCAGUCCUCCCUCACGGCUUUUACCCGUCACAGGCCAUAGCCCGGUGCACUUAAUUGAACUCCCUCAUUGCAGUCGAGAGCAGCACUCACUGGUUUAUCUAUGGCAUUGGGGGGUUGGACUGAGGAGAAUUUACCAGAUAAUUUMAUGCAAAUGCACUUAUUUUCAUUAUGCUGUAGACUGGUGGGAGCAUCUCAUGGCAUGGGGUUGAAUGCUUGAGGAUGUCAGUUGGUCUUCCUCUUUCAGGCCUCAAGUCUAUACAGGGAAAACUCCACAGAAUGGAAGUGUACUGUAUCAUAGUCAAAGAUACAGUUGGUAAUGGAUGGAGUAAA